UCCUCACCGAGGGUUCCUGUGUCAGCACUUCUUCGUUUCUGCAUACAGACAAGGGGGUGAAAUGUCGUCCAAGCCACAGGCAGGGAAACAGAAACCCACGUCCCCCUUCAGGAAGAGAGGGAGCCUGCAGUAUGCAGCCAGCACAGAUUUGCAUUGUGGCCGUCAUCUAUUGACCGUCCAGUAUUCCUUGCCUGGUAUCCCAGUAGCCAAACACGGACCUAUUGACCUGCGCACCUCCAUGGAUGGAAAAUACAAAGAAAUCGCAGAGGAGCUGCUGUCACGCAGUCUGGCUGAUAGUGAGAUGCGCAGUGCUCCGUAUGAGUUCCCUGAGGACAGUCCCAUUGAGCAGCUAGAGGAGCGCAGACAAAGACUCGAGAGACAGAUCAGCCAGGAUGUUAAGUUUGAGCCAGACAUCCUUUUACGAGCCAAGCAGGACUUUUUGAAGACAGACAGUGCAGCUGACCUCGAGUCCCUAAAAGAGCAGAACCAAGAGCAAGCUGAUCUGUACCCAGAACGUGAGCUUAUACCAGAGAGAGAGUACCAGAGAGUCACCAUCUCAGGAGAAGAAAAAUGUGGCGUACCUUUCACAGACCUGCUGGAUGCUGCUAAGUGUGUGGUAAAGGCUCUGUUUAUCAGAGAGAAGUACAUGGCUUUAUCCAUGCAGGGCUUCUGCACCACCACAGCUCGGUACCUGCAGGAACUUGGGGACCGCAAUACAGAUCUAAAUGCCUACCAGGAGGUGCCUGAGACAUCCAUAACUACAGGUGCCACAGUUCACCCCCCUGUGUCAGAGAAACACCCCUACGAGGGCCUAGACCCCAAAAGCUUGCCUCCAGACAUCGGCUACAGCUGCAAAAUGAUAGAUGGAGUUGUACAUGUGUACACUCACAAGAGCAACAUGGAUAAGGCCACAGAGCUGGACCUACCGUACCCUGACCUGCAGGAAUAUAUAGCUGAUAUGAACGUCAUGAUGGCCCUCAUCAUCAAUGGACCUGUGAAAUCUUUUUGCUAUCGCCGGCUGCAGUACCUGAGUUCCAAAUUUCAGAUGCACAUCCUAUUAAAUGAAAUGAAGGAGUUGGCAGCUCAGAAGAAAGUACCUCAUCGUGACUUUUACAACAUACGCAAGGUGGACACACACAUCCACGCUUCAUCUUGUAUGAAUCAGAAGCACCUACUUCGCUUCAUUAAGAGAGCCAUGAAGAAGUACCCCAAAGAGAUCGUCCAUGUGGAGAAAGAAAGGGGACAGACACUGAUGGAGGUGUUUGAGAGCAUGAACCUCACAGCCUUUGAUCUCAGCGUGGACACACUGGACAUGCAUGCGGAUCGGAACACUUUUCACCGUUUUGACAAAUUCAACUCUAAGUACAACCCCAUUGGAGAGUCCAUCCUACGGGAGAUCUUUAUUAAAACCGACAAUCAUAUCGAGGGAAAAUACUUUGGACAUAUUAUCAAGGAGGUGAUGGCUGACCUUGAGGAAAGUAAAUAUCAGAACGUUGAGCUUCGUCUGUCCAUCUACGGUCGUUCGAGAGAUGAGUGGGACAAACUGGCACAAUGGGCUGUCAAACACAAAGUCUACUCAACCAACGUAUGCUGGCUUGUCCAAGUGCCUCGUCUGUUUGAUGUUUACCACACCAAGAAACAGCUUAGCAAUUUUCAAGAGAUGCUGGAAAACAUCUUUCUUCCUCUGUUUGAGGCCACAAUCAAUCCAAGUAGCCACAAAGACCUGCACUUAUUCCUACAGCAUGUGGUUGGAUUCGACAGCGUGGAUGACGAAUCUAAACCAGAGCACCACAUUUUUAACCUGGACAGUCCUUUGCCUUCAAAAUGGAUGGAGGAGGACAAUCCACCUUACUCCUACUAUCUCUAUUACAUGUUUGUUAAUAUGACAGUGCUCAACCACCUGCGCAGGAGCAGGGGUUUCAACACGUUCGUGCUGAGGCCUCACUGUGGCGAGGCAGGACCAAUCCAUCACCUGGUGUCUGGGUUCAUGCUCUCAGAGAAUAUCUCUCAUGGUCUGCUGUUAAGGAAGGCUCCAGUGCUGCAGUACCUGUAUUAUCUGGCUCAGAUUGGCAUCGCCAUGUCUCCUCUCAGCAACAACAGCUUGUUUCUCAGCUACCAUCGUAACCCACUACCUGAGUAUCUGUCCAGAGGCCUCAUGGUCUCCUUAUCUACUGAUGAUCCUCUGCAGUUCCACUUCACAAAGGAGCCGCUGAUGGAGGAGUACAGUAUAGCUGCUCAGGUGUGGAAGCUGAGCUCGUGUGAUAUGUGUGAGCUGGCCAGAAACAGUGUUCUCAUGAGUGGCUUCUCCCACGAGAUGAAGAGUUAUUGGCUGGGCCCCGACUACAUCAAAGAAGGCCAGGAAGGCAAUGACAUCCGUCGUACCAACGUCCCAGACAUCCGUGUAGCAUACCGCUACGAAACGAUGUGUGAGGAGCUGAAUCUAAUCACGCAAGCUGUAAGGAGUGAAGAACUGGAGACCAUCGACGAGGAAGCAGCUCUUUGCAUGAAUCCAGUGCAAAGUGCACAGUAGGAACGAGAUACAUUAACACUGAGUGGGUAAUCUGAAGGAGCUGAAGUGAGGAAGGUGGAAAUGUUGAUGUUGAUGCUGAUGCUGAUGCUAGAUAAAGUGAAUAAAUCAACAGUUUGAGCAUGCCACCUUAAUCUAUCAUCAGUACUGCUUGUAGAACCAUCAUUCCUAAUAGUGAUGCACCUCACAUUGUCAACAACCAGUAGUUAAUUUUGCACAUCAAUAAGUGCCAAAAAAGGCCAUGACCCCAGCAAGCAUGGCGGUAUAUUGCUAUUUCAUGGUAUGGUUUUGUAGUAGUGUUGUUUGCUCAAGGCCUUUUUUGCAUUAUUAAAACAAAUCUGGCAGUUCCUGCUCUACCUGAAUGAGGAUUAAAUAGAUCAAAAACAUCAUUUUUGUGCAUUGUUAAGUAAUGUAAUAGAAAAAAACAGGCAUGAGUACUGGCAUCAUGCUGCAUGGCUGCUACACUGUAUAGUGUAUGUGAACUCAAACUGAUUUCAAACAAAUGUCUUUCAUCCUUUGUUUCCAAAUGUGUGUCCAAUUUUUUGUUUUAGUGACCUGAAACUAUUCUACGUGGAUUUAAUGUAUGUUUUGGUGCAUUUACAGAGUCAAAUUUGUUGUAUGUGUGUUUGUCCUUGAUUUAUUGUGAUUAAAAUAAUUAUUUAUUGCAAAUGAUAAAAUAUAUAAAAAUGUAUAUUUUUUCCUUCUUUGUUCUCCAUCAUAAUAAACAUAUGAAUCUUAA